AAGUGUAGAAGAAAGACUGUGUUGUUUCCAUGCCUUAGGAGACAUGUGCACUCCUGGGUCCAUUUUUCGCCUAUAUGGAAUGAGACAUCUAGCCCAUUUCUGUUGUGAAAGAAAGUAGUCCCAGGCCUGAGAUGAAUCUACGGGAGGGUAAACAGAUAAGGAGGAGACAGAAGCAAGGUUCCCACCCUGUCAAAUGCACUGAGCGCUCUCCCUUGAAGCGUUUGAAAGAUGUCCAACGUGGAGGGUGUGAUUAGAUACAGAAAGGAAUUUUACUCUCUGCUUUUAAGUAUGGAGUUAAUAAACCAACCUCAAGCAGAGCAUACUGAAGAUGCCGGAGAUGUCUGCAGAGCUCUAUCUUGGGUUUUCUGGUGCCAGGAAGAAAUCCUUCUCUCAACCAGUUUUAAAUGAAUUCUUUCCAAAGGCCCUGAUCAGUUCCAGAAACCAACAGUAAUGCCUUUUGUUCGAAAGGGAUACAUGAUUUUGAAAGCACCCACACGCUGUUUGUUUAACACUCACUUUGUCAGGUCCGGUUGUCCCUUUGCUGUCUGGUAUGGACUCCCUAAGGUACCCAGAGGAAACCGUACUCAUAACGGGAGGAGGCGGAUAUUUUGGCUUCCGCCUCGGCUGUGCUCUGAACCAGAGGGGACUCCGGGUGGUUCUGUUUGACAUCAGCCAACCUGCCCAGAACCUUCCAGAGGGGAUCACGUUCAUCCGUGGAGACAUCCGCUGCCUCUCGGACGUGGAGACAGCCUUCCAGGACAAUGACAUUGCGUGUGUGUUUCACAUCGCCUCUUAUGGGAUGUCUGGGAGGGAGCAACUGAACAGAACCCUAAUUGAAGAGGUCAACGUGGGUGGUACCAACAACAUCCUCCAGACCUGCCUGGAGAGAGGAGUGCCCAGGUUAGUUUACACAAGCACGUUCAACGUCAUCUUCGGAGGUCAGGUCAUCAGAAACGGGGAUGAAUCUCUGCCUUACCUGCCUCUUCACCUGCACCCAGAUCACUACUCCCGAACCAAAUCCAUUGCAGAGAAGAAGGUGCUGGAAGCCAAUGGCUCGGCCUUCAAGCAAGGCAAUGGUGUCCUCAGAACCUGUGCACUAAGGCCAGCCGGCAUCUAUGGGACCGGAGAGCAAAGGCACCUUCCCAGGAUAGUGAGUUACAUUGAGAGGGGCCUGUUCAGAUUUGUGUACGGGGAUCCCGAUAGCCUGGUUGAGUUUGUUCACGUGGAUAACCUGGUGCAAGCUCACAUCCUGGCCUCCGAGGCUCUGAAGGCUGAUAAGGGCCAUGUUGCCUCUGGGCAGCCCUACUUCAUCUCAGACGGUAGACCUGUGAAUAGCUUUGAAUUUUUUCGGCCCCUGGUUGAGGGCCUAGGCUACACAUUCCCAUCCACCCGCCUGCCGCUCACCCUCAUCUACGGCCUUGCUUUCCUAAUAGAGAUAGCCCACUUCGUUCUGGGCAGGUUCUACAACUUCCAGCCUUUCCUCACCCGCACGGAGGUUUAUAAAACUGGUGUCACGCAUUACUUCAGCUUAGAGAAAGCCAAGAAAGAGCUAGGCUAUGAGCCUCAUGCAUUUGACCUGCAGGAGGUGGUAGAGUGGUUUAAAGACCGCGGUCACGGUAGAAGGUCUGGAGGUCAAGACUCAGAGUUUAUUCUGUGGGACGGAAUUCUGGUCCUACUCUUGGUGCUAUCUCUUUUUACCUGGCUCCCUCCUUCUACAGUUCUGUCAUUGUGAAGAGAAAACUACACACAGGAGCUGAGCCUACUCUCUGGGGUGGUUUUCAAGGAUGCAGGCUUUUAAAGAUGUUUUGCAUUAUUUGGUACCAUUCCUGGGUCUUCAAAUUACUCCUUAUCAAUGAGUCUUUAAACCCCAUGGCCAGGGAUGGGCUACCUCCUUAUGAACUGUUGGUCAGGGAUGCCCCUAACGUUUCCAAAACAAUGUUGGCUGUUGCCAAUGUUCCCGGUUGACCACCAGAACUAGAUGGUAAGGCCCUAUUGCAGAAGGCACCAUACACUUUAACUGCAGCACAAGCUGGAACUGCUUGCUAAAUUUCAUAGUGCCAGAAGGUUCUGUGCAGACUGCUGGAGAAGAACAGUAGCUCGGCUAUAGACCGUGCCUACUGCAAUACCUAUGACAGGCAGGGUGUAACCUUUGGUGCAACAAUGGCAUUCCAUUAGGGGACUAACCAACUACUUCCUAAUUGGAUUGGAGACCUGCUCCAUGGGAGGGGGGGUUGCUCCUGGUGCUGUAAACCUGUCCAGAAACUCAUAAAAAAAAAAAAAGGUCAUAGCCAAGUGGGGCCUACUACUGUUAUUCUGCUAGGUAGAGAAGUUGUGCCCGUAAAACUGAUUUCUAUAUGUUUAUGUUUAUAGCCAUAGGUUAGGGCUGCUCUUAGCUGGGAUAAGAGAAGCUUCUCUCUGUAGUGAUCAGCAGUUCAUACCUGGUCAAAGUGCCUAGGAGAAGUAAGUGUUGAAUGCUCAUCCAUAGACAGGACAUCUGUAUCACCCCCUCCAAGUCUCAGGGGACUCAGUCGCAAGAGCAGUAGAAAGAAUACAAAAUCUGGAAGAAGGGGAGGAGCGUUGGAGUCUGUCCUCUGAGAGUGACAUGACCUCUGUCCUCAGAACUAACGGUAGCUAUGACGGCCUUUUCUACACUGCACAAGAUAGGGCCUGUCACCAUUUUUCCAUGGGAGGGAGAAGAGCUGAGUGCCACUGGCGGUUUCUGGGGAGAGAGAGAGACUUUCUCUAGUGGUGUAGUCUCGGCUAAGUUGCCCUGUGCUCCUGUGAGCAGUCCUAAUAAAACUCUUUGGGACACACACACACAGAGAGAGAGAAAGAAAGAGAGAGAGAAAGAGAGAGAGAGAGAGAGAGAGAGAGAGAGAGAGAGAGAGAGAGAGAGAGACACUGUUAAGUUGGGAGCGUAGCCCCCAGCCCCCAGGCACAGACACAGACAGAGAGACAGACACAGAGAGAUCCAGAGACACAGACAGACAGACAAAGACAGAGAUGGUUUAGAAUGGAAUCUAGGCGGGAAGAGGGAAGACAUCAAUGGGAGUGGGACCAAAGAGGGUAUGUGGGAGACUGUCAUAAUGAAACUGUCAUAUAUAAUACAUGCUAAUAAAAAAGGGAAAAGGUG